AUGAUAGAAAAUAAUAAUAACCCGUCUUAGAUUAAUUUAAGAUCAGAGUCAAUCAGAAAUAUUUUAAAUAAAACAGACUUUAAUAUUUAAUAUUUUCUUUCAAUAAAGUUGUUGAGCAACUUAUCUAGGAAUUAUAAAGAGCUGGAGAAUGGUAUUUAUAUUAUAAGAAUGAUAUUUUUUCAAGUUAAUCCCCGACAUUGUCCAUCCCCAUAGUAAUUCUCUAUUGCAUUUUUGAGAUGGAAUGGCAAUCUUAUUCUGGUUAAUAUGAAGAGAAAAUUUAUAGACUAACUUAAGGAGGCCUAUGAGAUAGAACUAGAUUCCUAACUCGUGAACUAAGUGAAUUGGAGAGUAACAUUAGACAAAGUAUUUAGUGAGAUAAUGAAUAAAGGAGUGAAAUUAGAAAUACUCUUGAGAACAUACUAAUAGAUUAAGUGA